AUGCCUCCCGAUGAUAGAGGCUUCGUGUGGUACAGGGGAAAAGGGGCAAACUACAAACAUAAGAUUGCACGUCUUGGAACAUCCCUAAGACAUAGAACAGGGCCUGCACACAGCGGUCGAGAGCACAUAAACUUUGAUGGAUCCUUGCUGAUAAAGGGGGUCUCCCUGAAGGACACAGGAAUCUACACCGUAGCAGUCUACCUUCCAGGCUAUAUAAAAGAAAUAGGAUUUGGACGGCUCAAUGUAUACAAGCCAGUGAGAGUGCCCCCUCUCCAAGCCAGCAACACCACAGUCACGGAGAAUAAGGAUUCCGUGGUCCUGAACUGCUACACAAAUGCAGGCUCCACCCAGUGGUUCUUCAAUGGCAUGAAUCUGCAGCUGACGGAGCGGAUGAAGCUGUCCUGGAGCAACAGAACCCUAACCAUAGACCCUGUCAGGAGGGAGGAUGCUGGGAACUACCAGUGUGAAGUGUCCAACCCCAUCAGUUCUGCUGAAAGUGAUGCGGUUGAGCUGGAUGUAAAAUAUUAG